GAAGACUCGGAGACACAGAAAACUCUAAAUAAAUACACAGAAAACACAGAACAUGACAGUAUUUUCAAAUCAAAAUCUUCGAACUGGUCUCAAGAACUUCAACGUAGAAUAUAUUAAAAAGUUUUUCCGGGACUUCCGGUGGAUGCGGAGCAAGAUGGCAGCAUAAGUUCGAGCUCUCUUGUCGAGGAAAAAAAAACCUCCCUAAUCCAAGGAAAUUAGUCAAAAUACAACUUUAACCAGACACGAAAUGAGUGGAGGACGCAAGCAGAGAAGCAUAAGGAAGAAAAUGGCAGAAGUAUGCGACCCCGACGUUGAGCAAAUGGAAGAAGAAAGCGGCAACUCGAGUCAGCUACAGGCCGUGUUGGAGGGGCUACAUAACAUCACGGCGGAAAUCCGAGACUUUAAAAAGGAGGUGAAGGAGAAUCUCACAAAAUUCAAAGACGAAUUCAAAGAGGAGGUGAAGCGAGAAUUUAUGGGCUUUAAAGAAGAAAUUAAGAAAAAAGUGGCACAGAAUGAUGCGGAAAUACAGAAACAACAAGAAGACAUGACUGAGGCGCAGGGCCGCAUAGCAGAGCUGGAAAGCAACAUGGAAGCGAAGGACGCCAUUUUGAACCUUUUAAAACAGCAGAGAAAACUACAAGAGAAGCUAACGGAAUUGGAAGGACACGGCAGGCGCUGCAACAUGAGAAUCUACAACGUGGCUGAACAAGACAACGAGUUAGUCCAAGAAAGGGUGGAGAAGCUGCUACACCGUGAGCUAGCCCUACCGGUCGGAACCGAGUUACAGAUCCAGCGGGCUCAUAGAAGCCUUGGAAAGAGACCUCCACCCGAAGCUAACCCAGGUCCAUAGUGGUUAACUUUCUUAAAUACAAAACCAAAGAAGAAAUCCUGACAAAAGCAUGGAAAAAGAAAAUCCAAGUCGAGGGGAAGCGGAUAUUUUUCGACCAUGAUUACCGCACUGAGGUAAUAGAAAAACGCAAAUCCUACUCCGAGAUUAAAAAGGCUCUGAAAGACCGAAAGAUCCGCUUCCAGACGCCAAUGACUAAAAUACGGAUUCACUGUAGUGAUGUGUCGGUCGCUAACGAUCCGGCUCUAAGAGCCGGCUCUUUGAAGUGAACGAUUGGAACCGGCUCCACA